UUGGGUGAGGAGUGAGGGGAGAAGCAUGAAGAUGUGACACCAGUCUUUUCUGGGCUGUUACUUUAUCAGAGCUUCUGGACAGGCUUGCUGCCUGAUCUCAAGGGCAGGUUUACUUGGAAGUGCAUUUCAGACCAACAUCAGCCCUGACGUCUCCAGAUCUUGUAUUCUGUUUUUAUUAUUUAGUGUUUUUGAAAAUCGGGUGGUGCAUGGUGAUUGUCAAGUGGACAACUGUGGCAUGCUUUUUCCAUCCAAUGGAAACUAUUGGAAUGGUGUGUGGAUGUUACUUUGGAGGCAAAUUCAAGCAGAGUUUUAGGUAUUCUGCAGAAAAGAGGUCCCAUGCAGUUUAAUGAAGUCUGCUUUCAAGGAAGUGAACAUAGGGUCACAGUGAUCUGAUGCAUGUUUACAAGUUCAACAGAGUAAGUUCUGCUGAAUUCAGUGGGGCAAACUCCCAGAUAUGCAUAGGAUUGCCCUAAGAUUGGAGUGUGGUUAAUAUAGUUCUCCUUUAGCUGUAAAACUAUUCUUUAAACGUUAGGCUUUGCAAAUGUUGAUUUUACUAAUUUCUAUGAAAUCAGGAUUUUCAAUCUGUUUUCUAGUUCUAUACUGACAGUUUGGUUACUCUUUGUGUCUGGUUUUUUGAAUUUCCAUAGGAAGUUUUGUGCUGUAGGUAGCAUAGUUUAAGUUGAAGCAGUUUCUUGCCAGUUUAUGGAUUGCAUGAAGGUUAUUUGUGUAUUGUAGGCCACACCAACUUUUCUGGGGAUGUCUAGGAAGUUAAUGGAUUAUCUCUGGGUGUUAUGAAUGCACAAUGAAAACCUUUACAGGGCUUAAGACCAUAAUGUUCAGGUACUGGUACUUAGAAUUGCAAAGUAGUACACAAAUACAGACCUUCUGGAGAGAGAGGUUUUGUUUACAGUGCUGAUGGCUGCAGCUGCAGUAACUCAGCUAAAAUGAAAAUCAAAACUUAAUUUCGCUAGUUUUUUUUUUUUUUUCUUGAAGCCAUUGCAGAGAAGUUUAAACUUUCCAAAGACUGCUUACCAAAAUGUUUACUAGAUUUGCAGGGACAGACUCAAACAGCGUGUGCUUAUGUGUGAGCCUAAACAUAUAAAGUGUAACUGAGAUGAGCAGAAGUUUGGGAGCAUCCUAUCAAACAGCAUUUCAGAUGUGUUCUAAGCUUUCUGGAGUGAUCACUCUUCAGGGCACUGAUGGAGACAAGAGCUCAGAAUGGCGGCGGGUCACAAUCCUUGCUACAGGGUCAGCAUGACCGUGGAAGACAGUAUGGAGAAUCUGACCUGAGGGAUGUUCUGGCACAGCAAAUUCAUGUCUUGUCCUUGGACCAGAUCAAAGCUAUUCGAAAUACAAAUGAAUACACAGAACCGCCAACAGUGGCUCCACGGCCUGGGGUGAAACCCGUGCCACGUCCACUGCUCCAGCACAAGAAUGAGAGACCACAUGGAUUGACUGAACAGCGUAAUCUUAGCAGGAUCCAGCAUCCCCAGGUCCAUGUUUCUUCCCAGCUAUCGUUGUCUCGUUCCAUUAGCACAGCCAGCACUGGCUCACGGGGCAGUGCAAGGACAAGUACAAGUAGUAACUCAUCGCAACAAAGACUCCUUGGAUCGUCUUUGGGGACAGUUGUUGAUGGGAUAAUCCGAGUACAACCCAAGUCGGAGCUGAAAUCCAGUCAGCUCAAGCCCCCGAGCAAAGAAGAUCUGUGUAUGCAUGCCUACAGGUGUGAGGACUGUGGCAAAUGUAAGUGCAAGGAGUGCACUUAUCCCCGCACCCUUCCAUCCUGUUGGAUCUGUGAUAAGCAAUGCCUUUGCUCUGCCCAGAACGUGGUUGAUUAUGGGACUUGUGUUUGCUGUGUGAAGGGGCUUUUCUACCACUGCUCCAAUGACGACGAAGACAACUGUGCCGACAACCCUUGUUCUUGCAGCCAGUCCCACUGCUGCACCCGGUGGUCCACCAUGGGGGUUGUGUCCCUCGUUCUGCCUUGCUUAUGGUGUUACCUGCCAGCCAAGGGUUGCUUGAAAUUGUGCCAGGGCUGUUAUGACCAGGUGAACAGGCCAGGCUGUCGGUGUAAAAACUCCAACACAGUUUGCUGCAAAGUUCCCCAUGUCCCUCCCAGGAACUUUGAAAAGCUAACAUAGCAUCACUAAUUGGAAGGACGGCAGAUAAUAAGGAUACUUUUUUAACACGUAUGCAGACAAGGAAAUGAGCUAUUAUUGUGGCACUGUUGGUUAUGAGGACUGGGAAGGGGAGGGUACAUGGAAGUCUGUAGUGACCUACUUUUUCUCUGUGUGUUUCUUAUGGACCAACUUAAUGGAUAUGCUUGUUAGAAUCCACCCAGUGGAAAUCAGGAUGAGGAUAUACUUUGCAGGACCCAAAUAUCACAUAAGCUAACGCAGCAUAGAUACUCCUAGGUGAUCCGCAAUGGGGUGGGGUAUGUGUGCGUGUGCGGGUGUGAGCACGCUUCUCAAAAAAUGAAUAGUACAUUUGUAAAUUAGAAAACUACUUCACCCCAAUUAUUUUCUGCCAGAGAUGUGCUAUAUUUUUGUACAUAGGAUAUUUUCAACUGUGAAAACAUGAGUGCCAUGGAAUAUAUGGCAAAGGUCACAAAAUAUUAUACUAAUAUGGUGUACAUUCAAAAGAAUGUGAAUCAAUCAGUUUGUUUUAGAUUGUAUUUUGCCUUAAAGAAGCCCUUCAAUUGCAAAAUUCUGAUUUUUCCCCUUUGGACUUCAUGUGUAUUGUACAGUUACAGUAAAAUGCAGUCUUUAUUUUCUAAUUUUUUUCAACAUAUUGUUUAGUGUAAAGAAUAUUUAUUUGAAGUUUUAUUAUUUUAUAAAAAAGAAAUAUUUAUUUUAAGAGGCAUCUUACAAAUUUCACCCCUUUUAUGAGGAUGCCACAGUUGCUGCAAAUAAGGGGUGAAAGAUACAUAUGUUCCAUAUAAAAUAGAAAUAUAUUAACGUUUGAAAUUAAA